AUGGCGGAUGUUGAACAACCCGCGAAACCUAUUUCACCGAUAUCCAACCUGUUGCAGAAAAUUGGUUUGACCCGCGACGAUCUGAGCCGUCAUAGCGACCAAAUGCGUCAAUUUUUGACUACUCAAGACGCGAAGACUCUUCGCGUUUUUUCUGCAGAGUCUGCAGAUGCACAACAGAGUAUUGCUUCUGUUCUUGGCAAAUCUCGCUCCUGCUCUCAUUCCAGCUCAAAUUCGCGUCAAAACACGUCUACUGCUUCCCAAACACCACCCCCUUCCACGCCUGUCAAAUCUGAGCCCGUGGAGCCUGCUAUCUCGCUCCGUCAUAUGGACAGCAUGGAAAUGAUCCUCGAGAGAAGGAGCCGAAAAAUAAAGCGCGAUAAGCGGGGAAAGAAAGACAAGGACCGCAAUGCACCUUCUCCAUCCCCUGCAAGCACAGCUUUCAGCCUUGACGCGUUCAUGCAAUCACGCGAUUUACGACGCGUCCCAUCCUUGGAUCAAUCUGAUUCCUCUACCAAUAUAGCCUCAUUGGAUGAACUUCCCCUUCCUGUCACUCCUCAGCACCGCAAGUAUUAUAGAGAUUAUGAUACCGUAGAGCAUCCUUCACGUCUCAAAAGGGGUUCUUACACCCCCCGAGACCAGUCACCAACUCCCACGCGCCACAGUUCUUGCUCGAUAUUCGAUCAGCCACAUACGGCGAGUGUUGCAGACACUUCAAAUGCGAACUUUAUCACCCCCCGCCGCAACGCCUAUUACAAGUCGCCUCUGCCUUCAUCCUCUCCACCUCAAUCUUCUCCGUUCGCGACGCCCUCUAAACCUAUUGUCAACCUUGUGUCAUCGCCUGGCCCCAUGGGUCCCCUCCCAGAUGAAGAUGAUUACGAAAAUCUUCCAUAUACCCUUCCUCCCGGUCCAUAUUCUAUGAAGAAACCAGACCUCUCGUAUGCGGCCCUUAUCGGCCAAGCAAUACUUUCUUCGCCAGAUCAUCGGCUCACCCUACAGGAGCUUUACGAUUGGAUUACGAUCGUGUAUCCGUAUUACAACCGAAGCGAAAUGACGUGGAUGAACUCUAUUCGUCAUGUCCUCAGUACAACCAUAUGCUUCCGUAAGGUCCCCCGUGAUCGCAGUGUUGGGCGCACGCUCUGGGCGAUUUGGGACUGCGAUCUCGAGUGUUUCACUGAUGGUGGUUUCAGGAAAGAAUUCUGCGCGGAAAUUAAGGAAGUCAACAAGAAGACUGCUCCUAAGAAGCGCGCAGCGGAAGAAUCGGCGUCUGGUCGCAAAACGAAACGACAGAAGAAAGGUGCUGCACCUGCACCUGUUGAACCGCCGACAAGCUCGCCUGUACAAGAGACGACUCCUGCAUUCUCAGGCUCCGCUCUGCCAACCCUUGUGCCAUAUUCGCAACUCCUCCCUCUUUUUCCUCCUCGCAGUUCUGCCCAUCACCAACCUUACUAUCAAAACUGUGUACAGCUGCCUGCCGAUGUCAUAUUUCCUCCCUUACCACCAUCGUCGAGUUACGCUCGUACUAGUUCAUCAUCAUCUGCCGUCAAGAGCUCUGAUGUGGCGCAGACGUCACCGAUCCCCCCUUCCUCCCUACCCGGCCUCUCGCCGAGUAAAAGUUCUUCCAGUCCCCAGUUGUCCUCUGAGGAUCACCUCUUUUUUAACCUUGAUGGCGGCAUGAGCCCUCGCAUCGAGUCAACCCCUCCGCUAGAGUCUGGAAUUACUCUACUUGAUACUGAUAGACGCAACUCAAAGGCAAGUUUACCACCUCCCAAAACACCUCCGAAGAAAUCCAUUGGACUGCCUCCCGUGCCGGUAUCUCCUACGCUUGACCGUCGUGGCAAAUCCAAGAAAGCUAAGCCACCUGCUAAGGGUUGUCCUCCGCCCAUGUUGCCAACCUCUACAUCACACCGACCUAUGACGCCCCCUCCUCGUCCUUCGACGCCUCCUCGUAGGGGUGGCAGCAAUACUGUACAACUCUCACCCAUUCGCACGCCCUUGUCUCAUAAAGGCCUCCACAUGAGUCCCUCCGCAAGCCUCGCGCAUUACAAAUUCAAUCUCGAUCCACCCCCCUCCGCCACCUUCCACCCGGACGAUGGGAUUAACCCUGCUGUAUUUGAUACCGAGAAUAUCCGCACACCGUCGUGCAAGCGCGGCACGCAUGCGCAUGGACAUCAUCAUAAAGAUACCUCUAUCUUGUUCCCGCCUGUAACGCCCAAGAAGCUGGUCUUUCCUACGCACAGUUCCUCCGCAGAGUCGCCAUUCCGUACGCCUGGAUCAAAGUCUAUAUUUGAUCCGCAUGAUCCAGGGGCAAUCCUUGAUGAGGAGCUGGCGCGGCUUGGCGCAAAAGGGAUGCAAGAGAGCCCGAUUGGAUUAUUUGAAGGCCGACGCGGUCUGUUGUACGAGAGCCCGAACAUGCCGAGUCCGGGGAAAUGGGCUCGGUGGUUCUGA